UGCCAAGUAUACGGUGGUCUAUUCCGGAUGUUCAAACAACUAUCGAUACUUAGCGUCUCAUGGGAUCGAAUUAGUUAGUAUCGAUACAACUAUUUAUCGCGUUGAUGAAUAUCGACAAUGACUGAAAAUCGUGACUUAAAAUGAGAAUUAAAAAUUAUCGGAUUAACAAAUCUUAUAAAAUGGCUUUCGCACUAUUCAUUAAUGUAAAAUAUUCGGCAACCUGCUGAAGAUUCACAAUUUUACGUAUUUUUUUUCUGACAUAUGUCUGGAAAAAAAAUGUCGAAAAUGGAAGUAACGAAACCAACGAGACACACCAGCGACAUUUUUCUUGUACUCUUCAAUUGUACAUAUGUAUAGAUAUAUAGGACAUAACACACACACGACGAGUGUGCGUGGAGUUAAAGGGGCGGGUGUGUUCUACACUCGCGUCUAACCGUAAAAAUAGUCGAAAACACAUAGAGAACAUGUCGUUAAGGGCUGUGAGUGAAGUGACUCUUGCAAGACAGUGAGUUCUCGAUGGUUUGCAGUAGUUAGUGGUGUUAGUGCAUUAAUCUUUGUGCGACAAGGGGACAAUCUGUAUGAUUGGGUUGGUUUGGCUGCGUAAAGCUCUCAGACCUCACAGGCUCACAAUUUUCCCUAUGGUUGUCUCUCGCAAGCUCCCCACAAUUGAUCGGUUUUCUUGUUAUCCCUCAAAAGCCCGAGGUGAAUAUAUGUAUGGGGCUGAUGAAGAAGUGGCCAGAAGGUGAAUCAAAUGAUAAUAGCAAUGAGAAUGACGCGCCGCAUUAAUGUUAAAUGUGUUGAACAGUGUCAACUUGAUCCAUCACACGUAGCUAAUCGGAGCUUCAAGUAUUUAGUGUGAGAUAGACUUGGUUAUUGUAGAUUUUAGAGUAUAAAUAGCAAGAAAUUUCUUAUGGAUAAUGGAUAAAUAAGUGGUGAAAGCUGAAGAGACUAGCGUAUCCCCCGUGCCGGGUUUUUCCGAGUGGAUUGAGCGUCAAAAGGCGACGUACGGAUAACAACUUUGGUGGAGACGUUGGAGGAUCCGGUCGGAAUUUUACUCAGCAAAUUUUCUCAGCACAACUUGAUGACAAUAUGGCAACUCAUGGAGGUGGUGCUGGAGAUGACGGCUCGAUUGCCGGUGGAAGCACACCGUCGACAUCAUCACCAACACCUUUGUUAAUGUCAACGUCACCCAUAUCUGCGAGAGAGUAUCGUGUGGCACAGGGCCACGGUCAAACACAAAUUUCACAGCAGAAGCCCAAUAACUUUGAGCCACUCGAUAAGAGCUGUUCCAAUACGCUCAAGCGGAAUCCGAAGAUGGAAUUGAGUAAGACAGACUUGCUGAAACUGCUUGGAUACCUCGAGGGAGAAUUGCAGGCUCGUGAUAUCGUAAUUGCUGCUCUCAAGUCGGAGAAGAUGAAGCAUCUGCUGAAUUCCCGGUAUCGAAGUGGCACUACUGAUCCCUAUGUAGCUCUGGCACGAGAUGUUGCCAUUGUCGGGGGCGUUAUGCGAAAUGACAAUGAUCAGCUCGAAGGAAAGAUUCCGAAUUUCAGUGUUAUGAUUCUCAAGCAGAAGGUGUGUCAGAAACGAAUGGUCACGAUGUUAGAGGACGCAGAAAUCCGGCACAGAGCGGUGAUUGAAGAGUUAGAAGAAGAAAAACGCAAACACGAGCACGAUACAGCGCAGGGUGAUGACAUAACGUACGGACUUGAAAAAGAACGUACUAGAUUGAAAAAAGAAUUGGAACUCGAGAGGCAGGAGAAGAAACGACUAGAGAUGGAAUUGAAAAAGGAGACUUUAGCCCUAGAAAUGGAAAAGAGUAGACAGAAACAAAUUGUUCUCCUGCUCCUAGCAGAAAGAAAGAAAAUUAUAAUGAAGUACAUCGAGGAGCGUAAACGCUCUGAGGAUUUGGCGCAAAUACUGAGUGAGGAAAAAGUGAGAAUUGAUUCGUUGGCUGAGGGUCUGGAGGAAGAGAGUAAGAAGUCACUUCAGAUUGAGGCAGAGUUGGAGAAACAAUUUGCUCAAUUUGAUAUAGAAAGACAGCAGUAUCGACAAGCACUUUCCAAGGAAGAGAAGAAGUCAAAGGACCUUGAGACAGAGUUGGAGAGAAUGAAGGGAGAGUUGGAAUCGUGGAAAAGUGGUGCUGCAAUACGUGGAGGUAUCAGAGCUCCUUUGGGUGCCACACCACCUCCACCACCUGCUAAACCUGCGAAUUUGGCCGCUAUGCCCACUCUCAGACCUGCUGGCGUGGCAACACAAGCAUUGAAAGGAGCACCUGUUCUAGGCACAGGAACCCCAAUGGUCAGUAGUAAAGUUGUUCAACCAACAGCGACAGUUUCCAGUGUGCCAGUGAGUGGACCAACCACGGGUAUCGCAAGAUCAGUGACACCCCGUCAAGUAAUGCGAGGUGUAACGUACGGUUCAGCUGUCGCUCCAGUCUCUAUCGCCCCAGCACCGUCUCCUUCAGUGAGUGGCACUAUCGCAAAUGACAGUGCAGCACCAGUCACCUCAUCGCAAGGGACAGCUCCCCCAGGUCCAGCAGUACCUGCUAACAUUAUAACAACUGGUCCCCAAACCGUUGGUGAUACCAAUACACCGGUCCCCGAGCCCCAGACAACUGAUAAACGAGUGGUAACGAACGAGGGAAAGUGUACAUCAUCAGCAACAGCAUUAAAAUCAUCAUUUCAUGGUGCACCGGUGGCUGCAACUGGCAAAAAACCACUGGUUCCACGUGGUAUGCCACCACCCGUACCUCCAAAUAAGCCGGUGGUACCACCCAAAAAGGAGGCUGCUUACAUGAGACGCCCUGAUCCCAAUCAACCACUCCAAGAUACAUUGAAAGUCACUAAACAGCCGACAUGUCAGAGUCAGGGGUUAACACAACAGCCAGCACAGCCAGCACAGCCAUCAUCACCCAUUCCCACUCAUCAACAGGUCCCUGAUGAGACAAAACCACGCUGAUUCGCUGUCAAAUCACCAUGAUCUCUGGAUAGAACGUGAAUAAUCGUGGAUUGCGCAACAAAAACGUUGCAAUCCAAUCAUUCACUCCAUAGCACAUGCACUUAAUUCGUUGAUUAAUUGUACAUUUCAAUCUGUUCGAUACAGAUUUAAAGAAGAGAUUUUACGUUCGCUAUCAUCACUGCCGCCUCACUACAGAUGGAUGAUCAAUAUUGUGGAAUUUAUAUUGUGAAAAUGUUUAAAGAUGGGAGAAUUUUCAAAGAACGUAGCACUGAUGGCUUGUUUGAUCGUAUCAUAAAUACUCAAAAAUCAAUUGAAACAUCACUGAUCUCGAAUAAAGGAUAAUAAAAUAAGGAUAAAACGAAUAAAACUGAUGAAUUUAGGAAACAAAUUCGAGGAGAUAUUUCACUCGACUCCUCAACAUUUGCUUGUAGAUGUCAUUGAUUUCAUUAAUCGUUAAUGUAAUUUUAAAAUAAGGAUGUCAUGGGGAUCUCGUAGAAUGUUCAACGAGGAAUUUUACUUUUAUACAUCACCAAUAUAACGCCAUACAAAAAAUACACAAUAAAAUUGUAGGAGGGUGAAUACAUUAGAUACCUCGAGAUGACUCUUCAAAAGUUCAGUGAACAAUAAUGGGCUUUGUACACGUGUUCAUGUGGUAUUUCAGGUUAAAGUGGAAAACCUGCCACCUCGAGGGUUAAACAUUUUUUAAGAAUAAGGGGCUAUGGCGAAUGAUUCAUGGAAUCCGAUGAAUGAAAUUUUAUUCCCUACAACUUUUAUGUUCAUUUCCUCAAUCUUUUGCGGAAAAAAAAUUGGUAGUUGCUAAAUAUUAAAUAAAGUCCUCCAGCUCUCAAUGGGAAUAAUAUCGGGAUAGAGUUGAAUGAAACACAAAAUUUGAAGAAGAAAAACGAAACCUGUUUUCAACAAUCUACGAAAUACCCAUGACAUUCCUGAAGUCACGUGACGACGUGAGUCCUCUGAUCUCUGAGUGCAAGCCCAUGAAAUGGUACAGUCUUCCAGAAUCGCUGAAACCUGGUUUUUCUCUCAUGUACUUCAUCACCCGAGUCCCGAAUCAUGAUAAAGAGAACAGAACAGAAGUUUGAAAAUACAAAACAAUUGAUAUUGUGCUUUAGCUUCGCCUUCUCCUGAAGUAAGAUUCAAUGAUCCAAAGGAAAACAAUUGCCGAUAAAACUCCGACGCCUUGAUCAUAAAUGUCCCUUGAAACGAGAUGUAAAUUUCACAUCGCCCUUUUCAAACUCAAACAAAAUAAAAAUCUAAAGAAGCAAAAUUUAUGGUAAAUCACUCGAUCGUAGAUUGUCCAAUUAUUGUAAUCCUAAGCGAACCUUUUAAAUGUACAACAUUAAAACGUUAAGGAGUAGCAAAGAGAUAAAACAAGAUGAAUCAAUAGCACUUUGAGUUAUUUUAGAAAAAUAUCGUGAGAAUCAACUUCAAAGUGAAAUUGCCUCACCUUCUUUUUUUCAACCCUUCCCAGCCAAAAUGAAUCGAACUAAUGAUAAAAUAUAUGUAAAUAUACAUAUAUAUAUAGCACGUACAUGUUCUCAUUGUACCGAAUUGGAUAGCCCCUGUAAUUCAAAUUGUAAUAAAAAAUCAAACAGAAAGAGGAGAGAUGAGACAAAAGAGUAAAUAAGUG